GGAAGGGUUCCUUGGACGGGGAGUUGGGGAUUGCAGCUGUCUUAAGAAGUCCAGCCCCGUGCAGCCCGUUACCAGUCCGCUCCCAGGCUUCCCGAGAGCAGCAGCAGCCGCCGCCGCCUGCAGCAGCAUGGGCUUCAGAGCAAGCUAUCUGCUCCUGGGCCUCUUCUCCCUCGUGCAGAUCGCCGCCCAGCAGUCAGCGUCCAAAGCCUCAAAGGCGGCCAACUCCAGGAAAGAUGCCGUGAGCCCCAAAGUGAUCGAAGAGCUCAAAAGCCAGAUUGACAGCCUCGCCCAGGAGGUGGCUUUGCUGAAGGAGCAGCAGGCUCUCCAGACAGUCUGCCUGAAAGGCACCAAGGUUCACCUGAAGUGCUUCCUGGCCUUCCCCGAGGCCAAGACCUACCACGAGGCCAGCGAGGACUGCAUCUCACGGGGCGGCACCCUGAGCACCCCUCAGACCGGCGACGAGAACGACGGUCUCUAUGACUACCUGCGCAAGACCGUCGGCAACGAGGGGGAGAUCUGGCUCGGCAUCAACGACCUGGCCGCCGAGGGCAGCUGGGUGGACAUGGCAGGCGGCAAGAUCGGCUACAAGAACUGGGAGACGGAGAUCACCACCCAGCCCGACGGAGGGAAGGUGGAGAAUUGCGCCGCCAUGUCCGGGGUGGCGGUGGGCAAGUGGUUUGACAAGCGCUGCAAAGAUAAGCUGCCUUUCAUCUGCCAGUUCAUGAUCGUCUAGGCCCUGGGGGGGGGGGGGGGGUGGAGGCAUCAGAAGAGAUGACGACCGGGUGUGGGGGGGAUGGGAAGGUAGGGGCUGGUCGGGGAGCGGGGUCGGUGCCCAGGGUAGGAAAGCUGCUGUAGCUCCAGGCCGGCUACUCCGCCCAGCACCAAGAUGCUCUCCAGUCUCUCCUACCACUCAUCUCUUCAUUUCCUAUUUGCAAAUAAAGUCUAUGCAGCUUAGUAA